AGAAGGAGGGAGGAAGAGAUUGUACUUUGACCAACUGGACACAGGCACUAAUUACAGAUUGGAGCUCCAGGCAGCGACAACUAGAAGCUGUGCGUGCGUCUGUGGAACCUACAAACACACACUUAUCUAACUUUCUCAAACUUGGCUUGAACUCCUGGACACAUACUCGUUGGAACCUUGAACACACUCCUUCCCAGUGUGUGUUGGUCUUCCAGUAACCAUGGAACAGUCUGAAGCUAAUGGCCUCAGCCCGGACCUCUCUAAUGGAGCCAUCAUCCACAGCCCUAUAGGAACCUGUACCAAGCCGGACAGACAGAGACAACGAGAUGAAGAGGAGGAGGAGGAUGUAGAACUAGCAGAGGAGGUGUUAGAACUGGGGGAGGAGGUGGGCGAGGACAUGGAGGACAUUGGGAUGGCAGGUGCAGCUGAUCAUUUCGAAGUGACGAUGCAAGCUAGCGGGAGCGGAGGAAAGGAGGGAGAGGAGGGGGAGAGGGCGAUUGAAGAAGAGAUUGGUUUACAGGAAAAGAGAGAGGGAGAUAAAGGGGAGGGGGAGCUGACAGUGACUGUUGUUGUAAUUGAAGAGGAGCAGGAGAAAUCUGUAGAGGCUGUUGAAGAAGGGAAGUUCGCUGUGAGAGAGGAGUCAGCAGGGGCGGACAAAAAGAGAGAAAUAGAGGAGAGAGAACCUCCUCACCCCCCACCAUCCCCUAGUUUACCUGAAACUGAGUCCAUUAAUGAUGAGGUAGAGACAAAAGACGAGGACACAUCUCCAGAGGCAGAAAAGGCACAAAUCGUUUUGCCUAUUGAUGAGACAGAGAAGACAGAGGACAAUGUCGGAUUGACGACAACAGAACCGCCAGUCCCGUCAACUAAUGAUGAGGUGGAGAGUAAAGAAGAGCUAUGUAAUGAGAGUCGAAAGCCAGAAACCACAUCCACUACAGAUGAGUUAGCGAAGGGAGAGCAUAGUGGCGGUCAGGAUGCAGAGAUGCCCAUCAGCCAGGUGACUAAUAAUGAUGGCAUAGUAAGAGUGAGUGAUGAAAGCGGGAGUCAAGUGACUGAGGACUGUCAAACUGUGUCCACUAGUGAUGAGGUCAGAGAGACACGGCAGGAGGAAGGACAGGAAGAGGAGCCUAAACAUCAGCCAGCAAAUGACAAUGAAGGAGAGAGUGAGGAAAGUAACAAUAAAUUGGCACAUAAUCUACAGGUUUCACAAGAAGAGAGGGAUGAGAACCAGCAGGGAAGUGAGAAGAGUACAGAGAAAAAAGAGGAGGAGGUUAAAAGCCAUGUUACAGAAGAACAGGGAGAGACAACUAAAGCAGUUUUAGAGAAAAAAGAGGAGGGGCAUCAAGCGACAGAGCACCAGCCCCCGUUGUUCGUUACCAAGGAGUUCAUAGAGCUUGGAGUCGUCAAGAGUCAGGCAACCACAGCUCAACAGCCACAGGAUGUUGUCACUCCACCUGUUGAGGUAGAGGGAGGGAGCAAGAGCAAGGCACAGCCACUGAUACAGCCCAAUGAGAGUCAGGAGGGUGAGAACGGCUCUAAAGAGGAGGGAGGUUUACAACAGACAGAACAGCAGCUACAGGUGGAAGAGGGUGACAGUGAUAGGGCAGUGAAGGGAGGUGGUGGGGAGAGGGAAGAACCGCGACAGGUUGGGGAUAAUGCGGUGUUGGGGAUGGACACAGGAGGCAGCAAAGUAGAGGAGGAGCAAAAGAAGAAGGAUAAUGUAGACAUAGCAGAGGAAGAGAGAAGAGGUGGCAGUAUGGAGGAACAGACGGAAAAGGCUUUAGAGCCUGAUAAUGCUGCCAGAGAAGAGGGGGAAGAGAGAGAAGACAAAGUUGUAGAUCAGCCACAGGUACAGAUACUCAAGGGUUCAGCAGGAGCUACACAGGAGGACGACGACAAGGAUUUAGAGCAUGUUGAGGAGGCUUUCGAGCUUGAGGAGGAAGGAGACAUGGAGAAAGAACAGCCAGGAGAGGUCAUUCUGGAUGAGCCCGGAGCUGCAGAGGUGGGAGGGGCUGAAGAGAUGGAUAAUCUGGUCCCAGUCUCAGAGAUAGGGACAGGAGUAGCAGAGGGAGGGGGUGAGUUGGAGGAACAGCCAGUGACAAACAUUGACAAUAAUCUAGACUCACAGUCAGAGGGAGCGAUUGAGAUGGCGGAAGAGCCAGAAGAUCUCAUUGAGGAUGAGUCUAAAUCUGCAUUAGAGGGAUGCAGCGAGAGAGUACAACAGCCAGGGCCUGCCACUAAGGAUGAGCCAGUAAAGUUUGGGAAGGAAUACACAGCGAAGGAAAGAAGGAAAGAGAAGAAAGAAGAGGUGGAGCUAGGGGUCAAAGGUCACAAAGCCAGGAUAGAGAAUGGGUUCCCUGGAACAGAGGAGGUGAAACAACAACUGCUGAAUGAGAUGCUGCUAUCUCCCACAAGGCUGAGACAAGGAGAAAUGAAAGAGGAGGUGACAGUAAAAAGAGUUAGGGUGACACCCCGCAGAGGGAGCAACGACUGGAACAAGAAGGCGGCCCCAGAGGAGGUACAGACUCGCAGAGGGAGCAACGACUGGAACAAGAAGGGGGCCCCAGAGGAGGCGCAGACCCGCAGAGGGAGCAACGACUGGAACAAGAAGGCGGCCCCAGAGGAGGCGCAGACCCGCAGAGGGAGCAACGACUGGAACAAGAAGGCGGCCCCAGAGGAGGCGCAGACCCGCAGAGGGAGCAACGACUGGAACAAGAAGGCAGACCCAGAGGAGGCGCAGACCCGCAGAGGGAGCAACGACUGGAACAAGAAGGGGGCCCCAGAGGAGGCGCAGACGCGCAGAGGGAGCAACGACUGGAACAAAAAGGCGGCCCCAGAGGAGGUGCAGACCCGCAGAAGGAGCGAUGACUGGAUCAAAAAGGCCCCAGAGGAGGCGCAGACCCCCGGGAGGAGGGAGGACUGGAUUAAGAAGUUGUCUCCAGAGGAGGCGCAGACCCGCAGAAGGAGCGAUGACUGGAUCAAGAAGGAGGCCUCCGAGGAGGCGCAGACCCCUGGGUGGAGGGAGGACUGGAUUAAGAAGUUGUCCCCAGAGGAGGUGCAGACCCCUGGGAGGAAGGAGGACGGGAUUAAGACGUUGUCCCCAGAGGAGGCGCAGACCCCCGGGAGGAGGGAGGACUGGAUAAAGGAGCUGAAGUCGGUGCUCAAAGAGGAGGUACUUUCCCCAAAGAGGAGAGAGGAGCAGGUGAAGAAAAAGAAGAAGAAGGUGGUGGUAAUGGACGAGGUGCCCACGUUCAUGCACCAGAGGACAGAGGUGAAGAUAGAGGUGAAGAAAGAGAAGGAGACGCAGGGGGAGGAGAAGACGCCAAAGAAGUCUGUGAGGCUGCAGAGCCCAACUCCUCAUGGGGAAGACAGCGACAGUUCGGACCCCCAGGAGUACGAGAUCUCCCUCUAUGUCAAGGCUGGCAGUGAUGGUGAGAGCAUCGGGAACUGUCCGUUCUCCCAGCGCCUCUUCAUGAUCCUGUGGCUGAAGGGAGUUAUCUUCAACGUCACCACAGUCGACCUCAAAAGGAAACCGGCGGACCUGCAGGACCUGGCCCCGGGGACCAACCCUCCAUUCGUCACAUUUAACGGGGAGGUGAAGGUUGACGUCAACAAGAUAGAAGAGUUCCUUGAGGAAAAACUCACGCCACCACGGUACCCCAAGUUGGCGACUAAACACCCAGAGUCAAACACCGCAGGUAUAGAUGUGUUCUCCAAGUUCUCUGCCUACAUCAAGAACCCCCGCAAAGAUACCAACGACGGCCUGGAGAAGGCCCUGUUGAAGUCUCUGAGGCGACUGGAUGAAUUCCUGAGGACCCCAAUGCCGGAGGAGAUCGAUGCCAACAGCACAGAAGACCCUCAGGAGUCCACACGCUGCUUCCUGGAUGGACCUGACCUCACACUGGCAGACUGCAACCUGCUGCCCAAACUACACAUUAUAAAGGUGGUGGCCAGGAAGUACCGUGGCUUUGAGAUCCCGGUGGAGAUGGCGGGGGUGUGGCGCUAUCUGAACCACGCCUACAAGAGGGAAGAGUUUACUAACACCUGUCCUGUUGAGCGCGAAAUCGAAUUUGCCUACAUAGAUGUGGCCAAACGAAUCAAAUAGCGAGAGGGGGAGGAGGGAGAGACUGAGAAGGCCCAAUCCCAAAUUGUGUGUGUGUGUGUCUUUGUACACUCACCGGUUGGGUUGGACGGCACUCAUAUGUAGUGUCAUGACUGCUGUGAUUGUAAGACCACUAGACAGAGAGGUCUGCAUCCAUUUCACAUCCAGUCCUUUUGGCCAAAGCCCUCUGCGGUGCACUAUAAUACAGUUGUAUGGUGUCAUUGAAGACACAGACACUGUUAGAAACCCAGAGUACGAACUCUAACAGCGUAUAGUACUAUCCACUAUCUGCAACAUUGUAAAACUGUCCUAAAGCAGCCAUAAGCAUUCAUUAGAGUGUUAUAACCUCUGUGUCUUAGAGGAAUAGCAGAGCACAGGUAGACAUGCCAUACUUAUAUGAAUAUGCAACACUUUGGCCUUGACCACAGUAUUAACCUAUAUAUAAAAAUGAACAUACACAUACUUUAUAAAUGAACUUUUCAUUCGUUUCUCCCCCGUGUUAUUUUGGCUGUCUAUGGGUGAAUAAUAAUCAAUAGUAAAAAGCUUUUUGAUGUCAAGGUCUGACUUAUCUAUUUGUACGUUUUGUAAAAGCAAAUCUGCUUUAAUACCAUUUAUAUCGAAUUCUAUUGACCAUAACAGGAUUGUGGGUGGGGCUUUCUGUUGAGAAGCUCACCUGUUUGGGCCUUCCUGAACAUGCAGGUUGAAUUGGAAGCCAUUUUGAUUGUGGCGGAAGUGUGUACUGUAUCUCUCUAUGCACCAAACAAAUACUGACACAACCCUGUGUACUCGCCUUAUAAUCCUCACCAGAGGAGACUUUAUUAAACUGAUUUUAGAACAGUGA